AGCCUGUGAUAAAUUUAUAUUGACUAAUAAUGCAAUUUCUGCUGCACCAUCUCUCACGGUCUAGUUGUGCUGCAUGUGAUAGUAGUAGACUCAAUAUGCUUCCUAAAAUAAACCCUGCACAUUUAACUACUUGAAAAUAGAGUGAUUUGGAUGUUUGCAUGUUGCUGCAGCAGCAGUAGGAUGUCUGCACUUCCUGCAAAGCCUGGCCUGCGCCACAGUGUGUCAGAGUGGAACACCAACAACCACGAGCUGUCUGCCACAGCAGAACAUGAGCGGCAUGUUUCUAAUGUGAUCCGGCAGGAAGGGAGGUCACUACGCAACGUGACCAACUGCAAGACAAUCUGGGAUGAAAGCGAUACCUCCAGCAGGUUGAGUGACAGGGUGUGGGAUGUUUCCCGGUGGAAAGAGGCGUUAGAAACCUGUGCCAAGAAAGUGGAUGAGGAGAUGGAGGCUCUGACCCUGUCUAAGGAGCAAACUGAGACGGCCUUGGCUGCGACUGCUGUUCCCCUGGAGGUUGGCUGUGAAUGCUUGACCCUGAGGGACGGACGGCGAGGGUACGAGCUUGUCACUGACCCUGUAAAUGAACAGCUGAAAAAAGAAGUGGAGCUGAUUGAAAGAGUGCAGCAAGUUCUGCAGCAGCACAUAGACAAGUCCUUUGAGCAACUGUGUGUUUUGCAGGAGGCUCGGCACCAGCUGACUGCUGACAUCCAGAACAAGAUGGACGCCCUGGACAUUGACAUGUCCUGUCUGUCACUUACUAUAAAGUCACCUCAGAUCUCCCUGAAAACAAACCCAACCCGCAUACCAUCAGGUUCCUGCACCCCCCAGGAGUGGGUCCAGUUCAGCCAGUAUAAUGUGGCUCGUGCCCAGGAGGCCAUGCAGGUGUCCCUGCAAAUGAGGGAGGACAUGAGUCUCACCAGAGCCCAGCUGCAGAAUGAGUUGGACAUUCAACGCCGUGCCACAGAGUUCGCUCUUCGUAAGCGCAAUCACCAUGAAGAGCAGGCGUGCGAUGAGCUGGAAUGGCAAAUAAAAACUACUGAGGAUGAAAUGGCAGAAAUGGAAAGAGACAUCCAGGGGCUGGAUGCAGAUCUGCAGGCAAAGACAGCCUGCGUGAAACUGGCUCACACCCGACUGGAGAACAGGACCACUAGACCUGGCAUGGACCUCUGCAGAGAUGAGGUGCAACACAGCCUCGUUAAUGAAGUCCAUCAGCUGGAGGCGACAAUCAUGACUCUGAAACAGAAGCUUUCUGAAGCCCAGCACUCUCUGCAGAAAAUGAAGCUUCAUCACAGCCGCAUGCUGCAGGAUCUUUCCAGAAAACAGGAAGCCAUGUCUCUGGAACAACGAAGCAUGAAAACCCGCACCCGCCUCACAUCACCCUCCUGCACUGAUAAAACCCCGGUGCUGUUGGUGCCACUCACAAACUCCAGCGGCAGGAGCAACCUGCAGCUGCUGGCUCAGUAAGACUAGGAUUUUAAAUCGCAGGGACCAAACAAAAAAAUACAUGAGGGUGAUUCCUUCAUUUUUAGCUUUGACUUUGUUUUUAACCAUUCAGCCAAUGUUCUGUCCUAAUUUGAGGAACAUUCAGUUCUCUUAGUCUAAAAUUAAUCAAUUACUGCAAAAGAAGUAAACACUUUAACUUUAUUUAUUUAUUUGACAAAAACUGUUACUUCUUGCAAAAAAAUAUCCUGACCUGUCUAAAUCUUUAUGUGAUUGAUUUGCUUUGUGUUGUGUUAAAUGAUCAGUUAUGUACCUCAUCUGUGUCUAUUUAAUUUAGACAGUAAUUUUAAAACAGUUGCUUGUUUCCUCUCGCCUGAAUAAAGAGUUAGUCAUGAAGAUACAGUAUGUCUGGCAUGUGAAUGAAUUAACAUUUGAUGUUGUCUUUUUUUCCAUGACUGCGUACAAGAAUUCACAAGUGCUCACGUUCAUGUCAGGUUAGCUCGUUAGUUUUAUUGACCAUUAGCUUUAAUGUUUAUCCUCAAUAUGUUGUUUGAUUAACUGAUGCUGUUUGGAGCAUGAAGAUGGUGAUAAUGACUCAUACAGUAUGCACUGUAUAGAUAAAAAAUCUGGUAAACAGGCACUAAACAGUCUCUCAGACAAUAAACCCCCAUAACACUCACCUUCCCCUGUUGUAAUGUCUCCAAAUGGAUGUGUUUGUGUCAGUUACUG